AUGACCAGCAUGGUCGAUAUUCCAUGGCCGCCAAAAUCACCGCGGGAGGCUCUUUUGAGUAGCCCGAGUGGCCGCAAACGCCUGGAAGAACUGCAGCGUCGUCAAGGAAACCCCGGCUCGCCAUUGAAGCGCUCCGUCACGACCCCCGAUUUACGAUCCAAGGCAGCACAGCUCCUGAGCGACCGCAUGGACGACGACGAAGAUGAGGACGAGGAUGAGGAGACAUUGAAACUGAAAUUGGCCGCCAUUGAGGCUCGCCUCAAGCUGAAACAGCUUCAGAAGAGUCGCGCAAAGUCCGGAACUCCAGCACACGCCGCACAAGACGGAGACAAUGCUCUUGUCCGACCUUCGUCGGCAGUGAGCUACUCAUCGCAGUCACAGACCCACGUCUCUCGAAGCAGAACUGAGCGGAGGAUCCAACACGACAUCGCUCUGGACGACGUGCAGGUUCCGCUCUCACCAACACGACGGCCGACGGCCCCGGCGGAUCCAGUAUCCCCACGGAGAUUUAUCUUGGGUAUUGAUAAAGGUCUCAAAUCAAGGGACGUGUCUCUGAAGCGACCUCCAAGUUCGCGAAGCACUGGCCAGUCACUUGCGACGAAUGGCAACAGGACAUCGACUGGUCGCGACGGCUAUGUCUCACACUCGAACAAGCUUCUGCAGACAGUCACUGCGGAUCAUGAAUACGGCCGCCCGAAGAGCUUCAGCGAGCGCAUGGCCGAGAGUCGCUCGGAGGAAAAGGCCCGGAAGGAUCGAGUUGAACGGGCUGAGCGCAUUCAAGCCAGCCGGAGCACGGCGUUUCACAUCGACAAAAAUGAAGUCGAAGCGUUGAAAGCGGCUGCGGAAGCGAGGAAGGACGAAACCCCCCGGUCACCCGUACGCAGCAGGCAGACCGAAAGUUUCAGUCGGGAAGACGUCCUGCGGUCUUAUGGCAAGCUCAAGCCAUCCUUGAAACGGAGCCAGACCCUCCCCAGUGUACGGCCUCAGGACAUCGAUGCGGAACACAAGGAGUCAAAACCGUACUUGCACAGGCGAAAUCUCAAGUCGGAAUCUCAAGCACAUGCCUCUUUGCUGGGAAGCUCCCAGCACAACGCUACGGAUGACUCCCAGGGCGAGAACGGUGGUGAUUCAUCGAAAUUUGAAGCAUUCUCUGGCUUGCACUUGUCGAAUCGGAUUCUGCCCCAUUCAUUCCUCACGCGGACGCUCGAGGACAAGAAGGUUCUCCGUAUUCCAGAUCUUCUUCGAACCAUCAAAGCACCGAACUUCGAACUGCCGGAAGACAUCGACACAGACUACGUCGUUUUCGGCAUUGUAGCAUCCAAGUCCGAGCCCAGACAAGUCAAAUCGAGCAAGAAUGUCUCACAGAAGGAGGCCGACCCCUUCGACGACGGUCUCAACAACACCAACUCAUACAUGGUCAUCACCCUGACCGACCUCAAAUGGACCAUAGAUCUUUUCCUUUUCGAGACUGCCUUUCCGCGAUACUACCGGAUCUCUGAGGGGAUCCUAGUUGCGAUUCUGAACCCUACAAUAAUGCCACCUCCCAAAAACAAGCUGGAUACGAACAAAUUUAGCCUCGCUAUCUCUUCCUCCGACGACACCGUUCUCGAAGUCGGGUACGCUCAAGACUUGGGAUUCUGCAAAGCCACCAGAAAAGACGGCAAGACGUGUCAUGCAUGGGUCGAUGGACGCAAGACUGAAUUCUGUGAUUUUCACGUUGAUCUGCAAGUCCGCAAGACCCAAGCUGGGCGGAUGGGAGUGAACAAUGGACCAGGCAUGUACGGGCCUGGCGGACGUUCUGGCUCCCGUACUGGUUACUUCGCGGGCGGCGGUCAUGACGGCGUGAAACGACCCGGGCCACGAAACGGACUUAAGCCGACCGGCGCUCAAUAUGACAGCGGAUCGCAGUCCGUUUUCUAUGUCGCGCCUGCGCCGAAGACUUUCAACAGAGGUGGCCUGGGUAGUGGAAAUGUUCACCGUAACCAGCAUUCCCUGGGCCAGUCUGCAGCUAGCCUGAUCGAUGCUGAUACGGACGACCCUUUCAUCGCCGCAGGUCGAAUGGGACGUGGGAGAGACAGCAAAGAAGAGCGGUUCCGCAAACGCCUUGCAGAUAAACAGCGCGAGAAAGAUAUCACUGAAAAGCUCAUCACCCGGACCAGCGGCGUAGGGGCAGAGUACCUCCGUGCUCGAGGUAAUGACCAUGUUGUUCCUGCUUCGCGUCCCAGCGAUGCCUCAAAAAUCCAAUCACGCAAGGCCGGGGACAAGGACUCCGCAGUUGCUUCCCUUGGUCUUGCCAGUCUGCGCAAAGCAGCAGCCGUCAACCUCAGCCCUUUAAAACGCGCACAUGACGGCGGUGGCAGCGACAGAUCGCACGGCAGCAGUGCCGUCAAGAAAACUCGCUUCAUCACCUCUCAUGGUAUCAAGGAAGCUGGGAGGGACAGUUUGGGCGGGAAAUUAGAAAUGGUAUCCACGAACGUUCAUGAUGACGACGACGAUGAAUUGGACAUCAUCUGA